AUGGAUUUCUCCGACGGAAGUUUCCACUGGAGCCCGAACUCCUCGCAGGUCUCUGCUCUCAAUGAGGGCGGUUUAGGGUAUUGGAGGAGGGGCAUGCAGCACCGGGUGACUGCUCCCAGUGUCUAUGGGGGUGCUGGAGGACACGGCAUCCGCAUCUCCACCUUCAGACACAUGGGGAACUACGGCAACGAGCUCAAUGGCGGGAAUCUGUUUGUUGGCAAUGAGAAAAUGAUCAUGCAGAAUCUCAACGACCGGCUAGCAAACUAUCUGCAAAAAGUGCACUCCCUGGAGCUGUCCAACUCCAAACUCGAAAUGCAGAUCAAGCAGUGGUAUGAAACAAACGCCCCUAGCAGCGGUCGAGACUACAGUGCGUACUACAAACAAAUCGAGGAGCUGCGAAAUCAGAUUAAGGAUGAACUACUGAAAAAAGCUCGAUGUAUCCUGCAAAUUGAUAAUGCUAAACUGGCUUCUGGGGACUUCAAAUUGAAGUAUGAGACUGAGAGGGUGAUGAGACUAACAAUAGAGGCAGAUAUCCAAGGCCUAAAGAAGGUCUUUGAUGAACUCACCCUCCAAAAGACAGACUUGGAGAUUCAAAUUGAAGAAUUAAACAAAGACCUGGCUCUCCUCAAAAAAGAACACCAGGAGGAAGUCACUGAGCUGAAAAAACUGCUGGGCAACAAUGUCAGUGUGGAAUUGAAAGCUGCUCCAGGCUUGAACCUUGGUGCCAUCAUGAAUGAAAUGAGGGAGAAAUAUGAAGCCAUGGCCCAAAAGUACCUUCAAGAUGCCAAAGAACAGUUUGAGACACAGAUUGUAACACUGCAGCAAAAAGUCACAGUGAGCACUGAAGAGUUAAAAGGAACUGAGUCACAAAUAAAGGAGCAGAGACGCAACUAUCAGAACGUGGAGAUCGAGUUCCAGACCCAGCUCAGUAUGAAAGAAUCUUUGGAGCGUGCGCUAGAGGAGACCAAAGCUCGUUACAGUGGCAAGCUGGUCACCAUCCAGGCUAUACUAACAUCCCUAGAGACCCAACUGAAGCAGAUCCGCACUGACAUAGAACGCCAGAACAAGGAAUACAAUAUUCUUCUUGACAUGAAGACCCGGCUUGAGCAGGAAAUCGCUACUUACCGUAGACUUCUGGAAGGAGAGGACAUAAAAACUACAGAGUUUCAGUUAAGCACCCUGGAAGAGAAAGAUAUAAUGAAAACCAGGAAGAUUAAGACAGUCGUGGAAGAAAUAGUGGACGGCAAGAUUGUGUCAUCUGAAGUCAAAGAGAUGGAAGAAAAUAUAUAAACAGCUGCCAGAGGGAGAUGCUGUUAAAGUUUUGGAGCUUUUUGCUUGCUACAAGAAAGCAGCCAUCAGAA